GGGGGUAUACCCUUUCCUUUCUGUCUGCGAUCACGUGAGAGAGGAGAGGCCGAAAACAGAGCAAUCGAGCCGAGAGUGACUCGGAGAGAGAGAAUCAUUUAGCUGAACCGCUCUUCGUUUACAUGUGCUGAGUACGACAGGACUUGAAAUUGCAUCCGCAACAUGCCGACAUGAACCCUACCGCCGCAAGAAGACACACCCUCCAAAAGAUUUUCGCGACGUUACGAACACAAGCAGCACAGAAAUGGACUCAAGUUCUGCAAGCAGAUCCUGUCCAACCCCAAGUUCACAGAACAUGGAGAGACCCUGACGAUGACCUCUCGUUGUCUCCCCCUCCCCCACACUGCAGAGACCCUGACGAUGACCUCUCGUUGUCUCCCCCACCCUGCAGAGACCCUGACGAUGACCUCUCGUUGUCUCCCCCUCCCCCACCCUGCAGAGACCCUGACGAUGAAGGUUUUAACCCUGAACUGUCCUGGGAAGAAGGAGGAGGCUUACAACCUGGUCAGACGAGGCCUCCGCAACGACCUCCAGAGUCAUGUCUGUAACCUUUUAAAAACACGCCUGGGAUGUGUGACUGAAACGGGAUGCCGUCAAGUGUGUCAGAAAACGUCUGUAAAACCAUUUUUACCUCAUUAUAUGUUGCAAGGAACCACCUAACAAAAUAAAAAUACAUUUAUUGUUACUACUGUAGAGAAUCAGACUGAAAUGUAGUCUAUCCUCUGUCUAUUGGCUUCUCUUCAUAGUCCAGCCUGUCUCAAAAUACAACACUGCCCCUUUAAGGCUGUCCUGGAGGAUGAUUGGCUACCCCAUAGUGGACUAUAAAAUACUGCAAUUCCAACUAAAUGCUUUGAGGUGGUUACGGUAGGCGACUUCAAAGCAAGGUAACUAGCAAAGACAUGCUGAUCAAAAAUUAUCUUGUCUGGUUAAGAUAUUCCGUUAGUUGUCAGUUAGGUUAUUCUAGGAAUAUUUUGAAAGUUAAAGGCCCAAAUUUGAGCUCUUGAGAGGCGUUUUUACAACAGGAGUAUGUAACAUUGGUUUAAUAAAGGCACCCGUUCAUGUGUUGUCGGCCAUUUUGUAGUUAUGAGUGGCGGUGAAAUAGUUCACUAGCCAGGCUACACAAUAGGCUUUGAAUUGACUGUGUCGUCAGUCUGUUGUCUAUCAUUCUUAUUGGUUACCUGCUUCUGCUAGGAUGCUUGCUCUCUCUGUCUCUCUCUCUGUUUCACCACACACACACACACACACACACUCACACUCUCUCACCCGUUUGACAUUAAGUAGCAGAGCCCUGCUCUUGUCUCACUAAAACAGGGCCAUGACUGGCUCACCCACACACACACACAUGAGUGAAAUCUGUGCUGACAUUUCCAGCAGAUAAGGCCCUGCACUGAUAUGUGUUAUCUCAGGCUAGACCCAGCCUCCAGUCAGCACACACACACACACACACACACACAGGCUAGACCCAGCCUCCAGUCAGCACACACACACACACACA